UUUGGGCCGCGCAGCAGUCAGAAAAUCGAAGGUCUCGUCAGCCUUAAUCCGCCCCUUUGCUGUUAAUGGAUUUUAUAAGAGUAAAACCGUUCGAGGCUACUGAAAAUUUACUUAGUAACAAAUCCAACAUAAAUAAUUAAGCACAUAUUAAUUAAUAUAAUAAAAAAUAUCCAAAAUGAGGCAACAAAAGACAGAUAAAAUGCUCAAAGUGCGCGAGUUCAAUGAUUUGCUCAGCUGCCAUCUUUGCGCCGGCUAUAUGAUAAACCCAACAACGGUGGAUAAUUGCUUGCAUACAUAUUGUCGCAGUUGUAUUGUGCAACAUUUACAACGUGAGGCUUCUUGUCCGCUAUGCAAAAUUCUCGGCGGAUUCAAGCAAGUUAAUAUGGGCAAUUUGAGGCCAGAUGAUGUAAUGCGGGCAUUAAUUUUCAAAAUGGUACCCGGUCUAUAUCAAAAGGAAAGAGAGCGUGCAAUACAAUACAACGUAUCACAACUAAAUAGUGAACAGCGAAUAAAUGUUGAGGAAGCAUCCAAUGUUGUCGGCAGUGAGCAGGAGACAAUUGAAGAGAACUUUUUUGCGCCUAACGAACCAAUUAGUUUGUCAUUGGAAUAUCAUCCGACGUUGCUGAAGGGCUGCAGCACGAGUCAAAUACCGCCUGUGCGUUAUCUACAAUGUCCAGCUUGCUUGAAGAUACGUCACUUGAAACGUUUCCUCUGUUCCAAAUUCGACAUUGACCCGGAGAGUAAGCGUAUCGAGGUGGAAGUGAUUUAUGAGGAUGAGGUGUUGCCAAACGAUUUUACGCUAAUGGAUGUUGGCUAUUGUUACAACUGGAAGAGGCACGCACCUAUGCAAUUCACCUAUCGCAUACUUUUCUAUGGCAAUGAGUCUCAAAACCCAUCAAAGGGAAUCAAUAAAUCUGAGGUCGAGGUGAAACAGAAUACUCGUGUUGACACUAUAAAAACGACGGAGUUGAAAGAAAAUGAAGGAAUUACUCUUUGUGAUGAAGCGAGCAUCACAAACCUGUCUGCUGCUUCUUCCGUUAACUACAAAAACCAACAAACAUUGCAUAAAGCUCCUAAGAGCAAGAGUAAGUCUUCAAAGUCUAUUAAAAUCACUACAAAUAAAAUAUACAAUCAUCCGAGAAAUGAAGAAGUAAAUGCUCCCGUAAAAAUGAUAUUUGCGCGCAAAUCGAGCGUUGAGAGCGGCAAGAAACCUUCACCCAAGCGCAAUAACCACGACGAUGUAACGUAUACCGUAACAAAUGAUUUCAAGAGUCUACGCAGCAAUGAUAUGCGUUAUAGCGAUUAUGCUGUCUCAUCUACCACUAGCAAUAGUAAUUCUCCAAAAAAUUCACCGAAGAGUGAACAGCGGCUAGCCAAAUCUAUGGCGAAUGCAGCGCUCGCUGCUGAAACACCACCACCACUAACGGUACAAUCUGGGGGAGCUUCAUCGGCGACGGUGCCAAAAUGUGACAUUGUCGUGAGUAUACCACAGUCGCAGAUGCCGAAGUCGCCAUACUCGAUCGAUGAUGAAUUUGAGAAUGUAUCAUUGGCUCAGUUGAAAACGGCGAGUAAGAAGUCGCCUUCAAUCACAACAACAACUAACGUGACAGAGCCUACAAAAGGUGGCUCGACUAGAAAUGUGCCAAAGUUAAAAAUUGAAUUGAAUAGUCUGAAGACACGGUUGAGCAUUUCAAAGCCCAAAUCGGCUGGUGUGUUGUCAAGUGCGGAGACCUCAGAGAAACGCGAGCGUACCAAGCAGCGUAAACACUCAUUGGAUGAAGUAGCUGCACCAUUGAAUGAUAGACUCGAUAUAGAGACCUAUGCGAAAAAUAUCGGUUUGCAGCCAAUAGAGGUUUUGACGCCACCUGAAUCGUGUGAAAAGCUCAAAUACAGUCCGAAUGCCUCCCCGCUCUCGUCUGCAUCUUCGACAACCAGUUCGUCGAAUAAUGCUUUUCCGUUAGCCACACCCACUGAGUUGACUACGAAAACUUCUUUCCAUAAGAAAAGGAAAAAGAAGCACUCGAAAGAUUCGAAAGAGCCCAAGGAUAGCAAGCGGCGUAGAAUGCAUGCGGAAAUCUCCAGUAAACCGGAAGAAGAAAGUCUUAAAAUGAAAGUUAAGCUAACGGCACCACAUAAUCAUAAAUCCCACAAGUCUGAGAGUUCGAGUACAAAAAAGAAUAGCGAUGAAAUGCGUAAGUCACCACCGAUCGUUAGGGAUGUCAAAGUGCUAACAACUGCUACAGUUCCAAAUAUACCAGUGACACCAGUAAAUGAUAGUAUUUUGGCAUUGAACAAAACUCUUGGUGAGGAAUCGCGUAGCAUUAAUCAUCUCAUGAUGGAAAAGGAAAGAACCAAAGAGGUUGUCAAAGUGGUAAAGGCAGAUGAAACAUUGCUAACGCUACCACAGACAAAUUUACUUCCCAAACCCUAUAACAACAUAAGAGAUUCCAAAUUACCCGCUUCACCACCACUACCGCCCAGUCUCUUCAAGACGACACCACUUAACUUCAAUACACUCACAGUUACCAGUACGACCGCGGGUCAGUCAAAGUCUACAAAUAACUCGUCCAAGCAAAUGGACUUAACGAAGAGUAAACAGAUUGCGCCACAGACGGCAAAGCCAACUUCAGUACCGCAGUAUAACAGACAGGGCUCCCUAAGUGCUCCGAAACCACAUCCACAUUUCAUAGUUCCAAGCCUUCCACGCCGCCCCUCACCCGGCUCAAAUAGUUCGUAUACACCUUCGUCUAUAGCCAGUGCCAGUAGUAAACAGUUUGGCAUGCAAUUAAAACGCUCCGCCUCUUUGGAUGAGUCCUAUGCAAUUGGUGGACGUGCCAAGCAGCUUAAGCUUGAUGCGUCUCAACGUAAGGCGCUGUACGGCAGUUAUGCAAAUAAGCCGCUUACACCGCCAUCCACUAGUGUAAGUAUUACCAAACUGGCCGAUACUGCAACCAAUGUGCAAAGCUCUAGUGGCACUCAUAAUAAUGCAGUUACCAUCACGGCACGUCCACCGGGCGGCAUGACGCAGGAACAAAUGCGUUGGCAACUACCACCAUACACUCAGUUGCAUUUGCCGUUUAACAAGCCUGCUGUGGAAAUCGUGCGCAUCAACUCGAAUCAAAUGACCGCCGAUAUGCAUAUACCUGUGCUGAAUACAUCAAAGAGCGCACGUAUGAUGGGACCACCACUGUCUAUGGUGAAGGGCAAGAAGAACGUUGGACAUCAGUUAGGCACUAUGCCUUCCACUGGUGGGGUGAAAUCACCGCCAAUAUCGCACCAUGCUGUAACUUUAGGACAUGCCAGAAACAAUCCUUAUCGUCUAUCACCACCGGCGUUGGUAAAUCUACAAGGUCCACCAUUUACAGCGUCCAAGAAAAUGGGCGCACUAGCUACUGAUAAUACCUGUAAGAAACCGGAGAACUUGUGCAAGACCAACGGUACAACCGAUAAGCAGUUACAGCAAUCACGCAUUAGCUUGAGGGAUUUUAGACCGAUCUCACGUGAUCACACCAUCGAUAUAAUAGAUGUUACUGGAGGCAGUGGUAAGGAAGAGCUCAGCCCAGCGGCUGAUACUACAGUUAGUGCCACAGCUGUUACGCCGUCAGCGCGAGAAAGUCUGGAAGCUGCUUUGAACAAAAUUAAACAAAACAUCACUUCCACAACAACUGUGCAAGAUAGUGUCGCUGCUUCCGCCGCAAAGCAACAACAAUUGGCCUCGCCUACACAGAUGAGCAAUGAAGACCUACAGAAUCUACACUUGCUUUCCGAGUCGGCAACGACACGUGAAAAGAUCGCAAUACGCUCUUCGCAAUCUUAUGAGAAACCGAAAAUGCAACCAUCUUCUUUGGUGCGUCAGCAAAAUGCUUCUGUGCGCAACAUACCGAAUCCCUCAGCGUUGGCGUUUCGAAAUAUGUCGACGCUGCCCGCUGUGAGCUCCACUUUGGCGCCCGUGUCAACGGUUGUCGCAAGUCAAACCACCACCACCACCACCACCAGCUGCGCGCCACCUACAACCCCAUCCACACCAACAACCAGUCCCGCAUCACAAUCCACACAAAAAACAUUACCGCUGGUGUCGCUACCCGUAACCAGCUCGGCUGCGCCGCUUAGUCCCGGCAAUCCUGUGUUGCCGGCCAUAACAAGCAGCAGUGCCGUUAGCGCUACCAGCACAAGUAUAACCGUGGCACGCACCGUCAAGAAGCCGACAACCAUUGAUCAAGUCGCUGCUAAUUUAAAUAUGCGCGCAUCAGCGGCUGCCGCGGAAGCACACGCGGCUAAAUUGAGCGCCGCUGAGGAUGUGACUCAAAUAACCUCAUCCAUGGGCAGCGCUACAACGAGCCAAAAUAACACCAGCGAUCUGGCGAAGGUGACACUCACUACAACAGUGGCUUCUUCAACUACAUCUAAUGAGACGUCGGCCACAACUGCUGAGUGUGUAAAGGAGGAAACGAAUAAAGCGGCAAACAGAGUGGAUGAGAUUGCGAAAGCGAAAGUGUUGCCGAAAUCCGUAGCCGAUAGUGGUGUGACAACUGCUAUUGUCACUGAUGUCACUAACAUAGAGAACGCUACGUGUAACAGCAAUAGCAAUAGCAAUAGCAAUAACAAUAAUAUUAAUAAUAAUAACAACAACAGUAAUAGCAAGAACAACAAUAAUAACGGCAAUAACGAUGUCAAAUAUGGCGUGACGUCAGCUAGCGUGGCGAGUGAUUAAGAUACAGUCAGUCGUUGUGAAAUUUUCUUCGAAAUAGUAGACUCCGAAGUCAAAUAUUAUUGGCGAUGGAUGGAUGGCGAAAGCAUUACUAAUGACAUUUAAACGGUAAUUAAUUACUAAAUAUGUAACUUCUAAUACAUAAUAAAUUCUACCGCAUCAAAAAGUAGUUUCUGAACAGGCUAUCAAUUAUAAUUAUAUAUAUAUAAUAUAUAUAUAUAUAAUAUUUACAGUCUAAAUGUAAGUAAAAAUACAAAACAUAAUUUUAUCGUUGCUUGUAUAAUUUGGUAAUAAUUAAAUUAAAUAAAUUAUAAGUGAGUAUUAAAAAUUAUUUAAACUGUAAAUCAUUUUUUAACAAAACCAAAUCAUUAUAAAAAUUGUAAAAUUUACUCAUAUUAAAUAUAUUUAGCAGGAAUAAGUAUAUAAAAAACUUGAAUUCUUUAAAUGUACCUAAUUAGACCUCGUUGAAAAAAAAAAUGCAUAUAAUUGCUAAUACAUAUUUAUUUAUCCACAAUAUACAAUAUAAGUACGUAAAAGCAUACAUAUUGAUAUAUUCAAAAUAAUAAUGUAGAUCUACAUAUAACAAAGCUGAUAUACGUGGCAGGCUUUAAAUGUUUCAAAAAUGUGUAGUAUUAGAAAAGUGAAUUUAGAAUUUAAAUAGCGUUAAUUAAUAACUUUUAAGAAAUUUAACUUUUAAAAAUAUUUUUUGUUUUGUUUUAAGUUUCUAUUAAUAGUAUUGAACGAAAUAGAUAUGGAGAAAAUUCAAAUUACGUACAUAUGUAUGUAUGUACACUCAAGAUCAAAUAUGCCCCGGACUGGGCGUUACAAACUGCGCGCCCACACUAGCUUGUUACAACCUUUGUGUUUGUGCGUGUAAAGUUUGAGGCUCUAAGAAAAAAAAUUUUAUCAACCAGUUCGACUCAAAUGUGUACAUGCGCUUAAAUAAUUCACUUUAAGUACUGUCUAUUUAAGCUGAAAAUUUCAGUAACUCCGUUAAUUUAUUCAUAAAUAAGGGCAUAAAUUAUCCUUGUGUUAAACAAUUUUAAAUACGCACAAUUAAAGCUUUAAAUGUAUUAUCUAUCUUUUAUAUGCAAACUACAAAACUAUAGUUUUUAAAAGUUAAGCCCUCGCAAGACCUUAAUGUAAUUUAUUAAAUACCUUAUAUACUUAUAUUUAUAUACAUAUGUAAAUAAUCAAAGAAGUCGUAAAAAUGCUAUUAACUAAUUUAGAAAGUGACACAAAGUUUCGCUGCUCGCGAGAACCAAAAUAACCAACAAAUGAGCGAUGUUUAUCUAUUUUGUUGUAGAUAUUAAAUAAGCUUGCACAAAUCGCAUAAACUAAUGAAGAAAGCAAAAUAAAGGAAAACAUCAUUAAAUUUGCAAUAAUUUCAUACAUAGAGUACUUGUGCACACACUUACAUUUAUUGUACAUAUGUAUAUAUAAACGCGGCUGCUGCAUAUAAAAUAAUAUACACAUAUAUAAAUGCUGCUAAAUUUGCAAUAAAAACUUAAUAUCCUUCAAUGAAUGCCAGCAACAAAUACGUACGUAUAUAAAAUUCUCUGAUACGCACACUUAUGUACAUAUACAUACAUAUAUUCAUAUGUAAAUAUACAAUUGAUAUAUUGACAUAUUUAAAAAUAAACGCAUACAUAUAUAUAUUCGUAUGAAUAAAAUAUAUACGUUAUUUUUAAAAUUUUUAAUUUUUAAAUAGAAUUUUAUGUAUUUAUUUUUUUUCAAGCCGUUUGUAACUCGCCGUCAAUGCUCUGACAUUGAAAUAUUGAUUGCAUAAUUAAAUUCCGAGCUACUUGCCUCUUUAUUUCGUUUGAUUGACCAAUUGACGUGUACAUCACGGCCACUUCAGUUCGACAUUUCCAUCGUUAUUUUUCAUUUUGUAAAAUAUUUUUACGAUUUAUGAUUAUAAUUUCUGGGCGCCGCUGAUAUACAUGCAUACACAUUCAAUCAUAUGUAUAUAUAUGUAUUUGUGUAUAUAUUGCUGUGAAGAGUGUUUUAGUAAUUGCAAUUGAAUUGAAAAUAAUUAUUAAUGAGAACUAAAGCGGAGGUAAAUUGUAAAUAUACUCGAAAAUAUUGUUCCUGUUAUAUAUUAUUUAUGCACAUAUACAAACAGAUAUAUAUGUACAUACAUAUAUGCCAAGGUUUCUUAUUACUUUUGUAUAUAUGUAAAAUAUUUAGUUGCACAUAUUAUAAGUAAAUAUUUAUGUAAAAUAUAUAAUAUUUCAGUCUUAUAUUGUUUAUUUAUUUAUUAUUAGAGUUUAACAAUUCGUAAAAUUUCUACAAUUUUAUUUCUGUUUUUACUAUAUUUGAAUUGCUUGCUAUUUUUUGUUGCAUUACAUAUAGAAAUUUCUAUUAAAAUAUCAUUUAUUUGCAAUAGAACUUUUUAUUGAACUAUGUUUUAGCAAUUAAAAAUCGGCAUUAAGCGGUUAUAUCCACUUGAAAGACAGAAAAACACGUUUUCGCGAAUUCGUUUGAAGAGGCUUUUUAGUUAAUAAAUAUAUAAAAGUGAUGUACAUUUACAGAAUUUCAUUUGCCUUAAAAAUCGUUAAUUCAUUUUGAAACAUUUUGAAUACUCUUGAUUCCGUAGCCGAUCUGCAGGAGGACCAACAAAAACAGUUGUCUGGUGGUAAAGAAGAUUUUUCUGCUUAAAAUUAUUUAAUAUCCAUAAAAAAAUAUUAAAAUAGAUGAUUACAGGUUUUAAUCGAACAGCUAGUAGAAAUUUGUUUUUUGACAAAAUGACGGCUUCUCAAAAAACUCGUUUUUGUAAAGAAAUUUACACUUCAAUGUGGCUUAAAAAAUCCGAACUAUUAUCAAAAAUAUUAUUUCCUUGGUCAUUAUCUGACAAAAAUACAUAACUAAGGUCGUGUGAAAUUUUCAUCAUCGAAUCUGAACACUGUGCUCUGAAAAAACGCUUUCAGUUUUGGGAGCCCAUUACAUUAAGGAGUUACAUGUAUUUAGUCGAGCGAAAAACGCCCUAUUUUCAAUAAUUUUGUUUUUCAUAUAAAAAAUUAAAUAUAUUAUUCCAGCUUUUUAUUAUUCCGAAGAUACAUAUUAGAUAAAGAUUUUGUGAAAUUUUUAAUGAAAAAUAUUCAAAAGUCAUUACGACGUAAUUUCCGGCAGUCUUUCGGUAAAAAGGUGCUUCCGCGUUGACAGCAGAAUUUCUGACAGGAUCAUCAAAAAUAAAACAAAAAAAAAAACAUGCGUGUUUGAACUGAUGAGAUUAACUAGGUAUUGGGAUGAGAAAAACCAAAUAAAAGGGGAAACUUUAUGUAUUGCAGACGUUUUUACAAAAACAUGCCAAUUUUGGUGAACAUUUCUCAAUAUUUUUUGUUUAUUAAAUAGUUGUAAUUGAACAAAAAGAAAAAACAAAAAAAAUCCUCCGCAGCAAGACCGUGUGUAAAAUUUCAUUAACCCUUCUGUUAGUAACCAACUUUACCGACGUCUUUUAGCAACCUGAUCUGAGUAUUAUUAUUAUUUUGUUUAUUUUAUUAAAAAAAAAAAUUUUUCUAAAAAAUAUGUUUCUUCAAAUAUUAAUAGUCAGUGACAAUUUAAAGAAAAGAAAAAAAAUAACAGCGUAGAAUAAAAAAAAUAAAUAAAAAAAAUUUAAAAAAAUAAACUCACAAAUUGCUUUCUUUUAAGUUAAAAAACGACGAUUUGAGAGCUUAAAUGAAAUUUUGAAUUUUUUUUAAGUAAUUCACACAAAUACACCGCGGUGGCUACCCGGUUACUAACAUAAGGGUUAAGAUCGGUUGAGUAGUUCGUAAAAAAUCUUGACAACCGAUUUUGAAAACACAGUUCUGAGAAAAACGCGUUUAAGUGACUACAAGUAUAUAGCGGACCUCGAGCGCGCAACUUUUCAAAGCUGUAUCUCCAAAACUAUUACUGGCAUUAACUUGAGAAUUUAUUACAAUAUUCUAGAGAUGUUAUAGAAUUAAAUAAGACAACCAAAAUUGAAAACAAUUUUUUGAAGCCGUGAAACCCAUGUAACGCCUUAAGUUAAAAAAUCUUUACAAAUACGCUGAUAUCUCCGAAACUAUUCGACAGGUCAACUUAAAAAUUUUCGAGAGCUUUUUAAAAUAUAUGUACAAUGUACAUGCGAUAUGUGAGCAAAACAUACAUUUUUUUUUUGAUUUUAACAAAUGGAUAUAACCUCCUAAACACGAAUUCUGCUUUAAAUAAAAACAAAAAAAUAACUUUCGAACCAUUUAAAUAUACAUACAUAUGUAUGUAUGUACAUAUGUAAAAACAAGUCAAAAAGGAAAAUAAUUAGAAAAUUAAAAUACUUUUGUGUAUGUAUAAAUUAUACAUUUGUAUACUUCAUCAGCAUGAAUCUAUAAAUAAUAGAAUAAAUUUCUGUAUGUAUUAACCUCAAAACAAAAACAAAUAUUUCACAUACAUAUAUAAGUAAGUUAAUAAAAAACAAAGUGCAAGUUCACUGUUAUACCAUUAGUUAAAUAAAUUAUUUUUAAUUUAAUUUCAAAAUCACAAAAUAUAAACAGCAAUGGAGAAUGAAAUACUGUGAACAUAAGCUGAUAAAAAAGCAUAAAAAUGAAUGUCACGUAGGCAAAAUCAACAACAGCAAAAAUAUUUGCAAAUAUUUGGAAUAAACAAAAGCAGAAAGAGUAAUAACUUCUAUGUAUGUACAUAUAUACAAGCGUAGAUACACACAUACAUACAUACAUAUAAAUAUGUAUAAAUAAAUAAAAAAAAAAGUGUAGCAACAUCAAAUUGAAAGCGAAAUUAAAAAUAUGCAAACACAUCAAAAAUCCUCUAAAUCUAUGAAUAGACGCAUAGAUGUUUGUAACAUAAAUAUUUAAAUAAGAAUAAGGAAUAAUAAAGAGAAUUUAGCACAUUUA